GUUCAAAGCGUACACUGGACACAAAGUGCACAUGAAAGGAAUGACUGACAUUACUGUGCAAUGCAAGGAUCAAACUGCUAGUGUAUGUCACAAAAGGGAAUUUUGCUUCCAUCAUGGGACGACUGUGGAUUAAUGCACUUCGUGUAAAUUGGCUAGAAGUUCGGCAGCUGUCAGACGGUUCUUCACAACUACAAGUCAUCCUGGACAAGAAUGAAGAGGUUUUCCGUGAGGAAUUGGGCAGCAUGAAGGACAUUACAGUGAAAUUGCACAUUAAACCAGGAAGCAAACCAGUGUUUAUUAAGGCUAGGACAGUACCAUAUGCUAUUCGUGACAAAGUCGAGGCUGACCUGGAUGCGUUGGUCAAAAGUGGUGUUUUGGAACCAGUCACCACCAGCGAAUGAGCGACACCAAUUGUGCCGGUUCCGAAAAAGAAUGGCGGAAUUCGCACAUGUGGCGAUUUUAAAGUGACUUUGAAUCCGGUGCUUUGUGUGGAGCAGUACCCACUUCCAUUGAUCGAUGAUUUGUUUGCAGGUCUGAGCGGUGGUCAAAAAUUCAGCAAAACUGACCUCAACCAAGCUUAUCUGCAGAUGCAUGUGGACGAAGAAUCACGGGAGUGGCUGACAAUUAACAAGCACAAGGGACUUUUCAGAUAUUGCAGAUUACCUUUUAGCAUCACAUCUGCUCCUGCUCUGUUUCAACGGGCUAUGGAUCAAAUUUUGAGUGUAUUGCCAGUAGUACAAUGUUACUUGGAUGACAUUCUCUGCACCGGUGCCAACGACGAGGAGCAUCUUCGCAACUUUGAUGCUGUCUUAAAAAGGCUAAGGCAGUAUGAUCUUCGAGUGUGCAAGGAAAAAUGCGAAUUUUUGAGACCAUCGGUGGAGUAUCUCGGGCAUGUGAUAGACCACGAAGGACUACACAAGGCUCCAUCAAAGACUAAGGCAAUUGUGGAUGCACCCGCCCCAGAAAAUGUAAGUCUGCUUAGAUCUUUCUUAGGUCUAUUGAACUAUUAUGGACGGUUUAUUCCCAAUUUGGCAUCACUUCUUAAACCAUUGCAUGAGCUGUUGUGCAAAGAUGUAAAAUGGAAAUGGACAAAUGAGUGUAACAAAGCUUUUCGAAAUGCGAAAAACACCCUGAUUUCAUCAGAGGUUCUCACUCAUUUCAACCCUUCAUAUCCAAUACAGCUGGUAUGUGAUGCUUCACCCUAUGGGGUGGGUGCUGUCAUCUCCCAUGUGUUCCCGAACGGAGAUGAAAGACCAAUUGCUUUCGCACCGAGAACACUUAACAAAGCAGAGUCAAACUAUGCUCAUUUGGAACGAGAAGCAUUGAGCAUUAUUUUUGGUGUGAGGAAGUUCCACCAAUAUUUGUAUGGAAGGAAGUUUACUCUGUUAACGGAUCACAGACCACUGACAACGAUUUUGGGACCUCAUGCGGGAAUCCCUUCACUGGCUGCUGCACGUCUUCAGAGGUGGGCUUUGUUGUUAUCAGCUCACUCAUACGACAUCAAGUAUCGUAAAUCUGAUUUGCAUUGCAAUGCUGAUGGACUUUCGAGGUUGCCGCUUCCUGUCACAAAACAUGAACCUACCUCAGUGGACAUAUUCUAUUUCCGAAAUGUUGAACAUGCACCAAUUUCAGCGUCGCAAGUAAAACGUGCAACUCGGAAGGACCCCGACCUGUCAGUCGUCAUGGACAUGGUAAUUAAAGGACAAACCAAGUGUGAGAACACCGCUCUCAAACCUUUUUUGGAUAGGAGGUGGGAACUUUCUGUUCAAUCGGGUUGUUUGCUGUGGGGAAGGAGAGUGAUUGUGCCACAGUCAUUGCGUGCUAAAAUGCUUGCGCAACUGCAUGCAGGUCACAGUGGUAUUGUUAAAAUGAAAGAAAUGGCGAGAAGUUUUUUUUGGUGGCCAGGAUUAGAUAAACAGAUCGAAGAGACGGUAAAAAGUUGUUCAUCUUGCCAGAAGAUUCGCAACAAUCCACCUGCAGCCCCACUUCAUCCUUGGGAUUUUCCUCAGGACCCUUGGCACCGCAUUCAUAUUGACUUUGCGGGGCCUUUUGAAAAUCGAAUGUUUCUGGUUGCUAUCGAUGCCCAUAGUAAGUGGCCAGAGGUAGCUAUCAUGAAAUCAACCACAUGGGAAAAGGCAAUUGAGAAGUUAGGGGAGAUGUUUAGUCGUUUCGGAGCCCCUGCACAACUCGUCUCAGACAAUGGGCCCCAAUUUGUGUCAAAAGAAAUGGUUGAAUUCCUGCAAGCCAAUAGGGUUCAACAUAUUAAGUCGGCUCCCUAUCACCCGGCAACCAACGACUUGGCAGAGAGGUUUGUGCAGACCCUCAAACAUGCUCUCAAAGCAUCACUAGGGCAAAGUACACUCCAUCAGAGACUACAAGAAUUUCUCCUCAAAUACCAAACAUUUGUGCAUGCAACUACCAAAGUAUCGCCAGCGAGCCUCAUGUUUUCUCAAGAGAUACCAACUAGCAUGGAUCUUCCGAAACCACCAACCCUGAGCUAGAUUGUUCAAAUGGAUCUACGGAAGCAAGUCAAGUACAGAGACCUGCAUUCCAAGAACCGAGUUUUUGCACCUGGUGACUCUGUUAAUUUAGUUUAGUUUAUUCACACAUCAUAUCAUGGUACACACAGGAACAUGGUCAUAUGUACUGUACAAGCAGUUCAUCUGAUCAGAUGCAUGAAGGGGACACUCCGAAUAAGCUAUUUAAAGGUUUUAGUAGGGGCCCAGUCAAACAGCACACACAUACACACACCCAUACACAUACAUACAGUUGACAAUAGAACAUUUUAACAUUCUGAUCACAUCGGAUUUGACACGUGAUACCGUAGUAGUGUUAGUCAAAGACUCAGCAUAUUAAGUAUACAUUGCAAGGAGGUGAGCUUUCAGUUUUUUCUUAAAAAUGGAGAUGGAGUGUGACAUUUUCAGUGUUUCGUCCAGUUGAUUCCAGAUCUGUGCUCCUCUGCAUACAAUGCCAAAGCUUGUAGACUUUAGACUUCUGCUUUUUCCAGUGAUGUGAUUUUUUUCUUCUGGUAGUAUAUGUGUGCUGAGGAGUACUGAUUGGGAUGAGAUCACUUAAUUUAUGGUUUAGUUUAUGGAUGACCUGAUUUUGAAAGUAGUUAUAUUCUUUUAGUCUCAGAAGGUGGUGGUGGUGAAAUAUUAAUUUAGUUGGAGCAUUGAACCCAGACCAUGUUAUGGCACGUAUAACUUUUUUCUGUAGGGGUUCAAGCUUUUUUUAGAUAGGUUGGAAAUGUGUUGCACCAUAUGAUAUUACAACAUUAUCUGUUAUGGCCCGGAGUUACCAGAGUAAGGAAAAGUGGGCCCCUGCCACCAUCAUUGCUCAAACUGGGCCUGUUUCCUACACCUGAUGGUGUUCAGACAGCUGAUGGUGUUUGCCGUCGCCAUGUGGAUCAAUUGUUGGGAACACCAGACACUACUCCAGAACUGUCUAUUGAUUGUGAUGAUGCUAGCAGUGUAAUUAUACCAGAAAUGUCUAGCUUACCGGAUGUGCCAAAAAUACCAGAAAUGUCUAGCUUACCGGAUAUGUCAAACCAAAACAAUCCUGCUGUAAUUGUGUCUAAUUCAACCAAUGCACAAACAGAACCUGAAACGGUAUCGGAACCUGUUUCCACAAGUGGAAAAUCGGAAGUGACUGUUGAACGUCGUUAUCCUGCACGCGACAGGCGACCGCCUGAUAGAUUGGAUUUAUAAGUAAUAAGUAAUGAGGGGAAAACAGGAGGUAUUUUUGUGUUUAUUUUGUUUUGUUAUUUUGUUGUUGUUUUGUUUGUAAGGGGGGAAGAGAUGUGACAUAUUUAUGUCACACUGCUGUUGCCAUAGUGUGCACUUCCUGUGGGUGUGGUAUCACAGUAUAAAAAGGAAUCUCUGUUAUGUCUCUGUGACCA